CUCAUUUUCUUCUGGACAUAUUUGAUCCCGUCAAACACAUAUCCAGAUCCCUUUCCACACUAAGGCUUAGGUUCCCCAGUUUUGCGACUUGCUGUUUGACCUAGUCUGCUCUACUCUGCCCGCGAAUCUACGACACAACAGACAAAACCGAAAAAUGGGUUUCACAUUUCCUGACGAAUACGGAUACGUCCUCCUCGCGGCGACGUCGACUUUCUUCGUCAACGUCUACCACUCCACCCUCACCUCAAAGUACCGCAAGGCCAGCGGCGUCAAGUACCCUGCCGCGUAUGCCAGCAACGAUGUAGCCGAGAAGGACCCCAAGGCUUUUUCGUUCAACUGCGCCCAGCGCGCCCACGCCAACUACACCGAGAACCUCGUCCCGCUUCUCGGCGCGCUCGCCAUUGCCGGCCUGCGCUUCCCCGUGGCCGCCGCCACCCUCGGCGCCACCUGGUCCGUCGCUCGCGUGUUUUAUGCCCGCGGCUACGCUACCUACGGCCCAGCAGGGCGCAUCAAGUACAGCAUUGCCUCCUCGCUAACGGGCGCCGUCCUGCUCGUGACGGCCCUCGCCUCGUCCAUCCUGUUUGUCUUGGAAAAGUAGGAGCUGCUGGCCGUGCCCCCCUCUCUAUGGCUCGUGGGCGGGCAAGGUGGCAUGGCAUGAUGUAGCGAUCGAUACGAACAAAUGUAUAUUUACUUAUUGCUGUUGUUCUCGCGCGUCUUGUUUCCUUGUGGGUGCUGGGCUGG